AUGAAACUCUUAAAACAACAUGAUAUUGACCAGGAAGUUAUACAAUAUGAUUACCAAAGUAAUGAAGAAUCUGAUUGUAUAGAUGAGAAUGAUAAGCCUAUGAUUGAAGCUGGUGCUACUUUCCCAAAUUGGAAUUUUUUUGAAAAUGCAUUAAAAAAAUAUGAGCUAGAGAUUGGAUUUAGAGCAAUAAAAUUUUGGUUAGAAUUACUUGAUGAUAUAAAAUUUUUAACUCAGGAAUGUAAGCUUAAAACAAAAGCUCAAUGUAGAUACAUUGCAAAAAAAUUCCCUAAUCAACUACUAUAUGAUCAUAAUCUAUAUAAUGCAAUUUGUCAGUAUAAAAACCAAAUGGGUAACCAAUAUGAAAAUGAUACAUCAGAUAUAGUUAAAUGGCUUAUAAAGCAACAAGAGCAAGAACCAAGAUGGGCAAUUUACAUUGAAUUUGAAGAAGUUGAUAAUAAUCUUUCAUAG